AUGGCUAAAGCAGCAUCAGUAAAUAAUUGUGUAUUAGAAUUUAUUUUAUCAACAAAGAGCAAGAAAAUUUUAGUUUGUAAUGGAUACAGAUAUGUUUUAAAUCAAGUAACAAUGAAUAAAAAAUAUUGGCGAUGUGAAGAUGGUGACAAUUGUGGAGCAUAUGUACAUACAACAUCUGAAGACGUUUAUUUAAAACAUAACAAAGUUGAACACAACCAUCUUCCAGAUCCUGAUGAAAUUUUGAUUAAUAAAUUAAUAUCGAAAAUUCGUUAUCGAGUUAUGAAUGAACAUUUAUCUGCUGUCUUCAUUUAUGAAUUCGAAGUAGCACGUGCCAAUCUCACACAAAGUCAAUUAGCUAUUAUGCCAGCAUUUAAAAUUAUAACAGCAUCAGUAAAUAAUUGUGUAUUAGAAUUUAUUUUAUCAACAAAGAGCAAGAAAAUUUUAGUUUGUAAUGGAUACAGAUAUGUUUUAAAUCAAGUAACAAAGAAUAAAAAAUAUUGGCGAUGUGAAGAUGGUGACAAUUGUGGAGUAUAUGUACAUACAACAUCUGACGACGUUUAUUUAAAACAUAACAAAGUUGAACAUAACCAUCUUCCAGAUCCUGAUGAAAUUUUGAUUCAUAAAUUAAUAUCGAAAAUUCGUUAUCGAGUUAUGAAUGAACAUUUAUCUGCUGUCUUCGUUUAUGAAUUCGAAGUAGCACGUGCCAAACUCACACAAAGUCAAUUAGCUCUUAUGCCAGCAUUUAAAAUUAUAAAGUCUGCAUUAUAUUUGGCACGUGCAAGUACAAUUCCAGGAAUACCAAAAGCAUCUCAAUUCGAUAUACCAAUGUGGUUUCAACUGAAUGCAAAUUCAGAACAAUAUUUACUUGCUGAUUGUAAUAGUCCGGCAUUUGAUCGUAUUUUGAUUUAUUCCUCUGAUCGACAACUUCAGAUUUUGUUCGAUUCAGAAAUUAUUUUUUGUGAUGGCACAUUUGCUUCUUCACCACCACAAUUCAAACAAAUUUAUACCAUACAUGCGAUUUAUGAAGAAGAAUCAUUUCCUUGCGUCUUUACUAUAUGUAGUCACAAAAAUAGCGAAACAUAUGACGCGAUUUUAGGAAAAUUAAAAUCAGUUGCUGAAAAGAUGAAAAAAAAAUUUGCACCUUCUUUGAUUAUGUCUGAUUACGAAAGUGGAUUCGUUGAAGUAAUAAAACAAGUUUAUUCAAAUAAUGCCACUCGACACGUUGGAUGUUACUUCCAUACAUGUCAGGCUAUAUACAGAAAAGUGCAAGAAAUAGGUUUACAAGUGCCGUAUAAUUCAACAGUUUGGGUACGAACUGUUGUGAAAUCUCUGAUGGCCCUACCACUAUUGUAUCAACACUUAGUAAAUGACCAAUUUGAUCAAAUUGUUAGCCUGGUCGAUGAACGUUUAAAAAAAGCGAAGAAGCUCAAAAGAACAGCUAAUGAUUCAGAUCAAUGUGAAGCUGCUCGUGAAGAAAUUAGAUUAUGUGAAAUCUUACAUGUUUUAUUAAAUUAUUUCGAACAGUAUUGGAUUAAUACAGUUACACCUGCAAUGUUUUGUGUUCAAGGACUUCAACAUCGCACCAACAAUUUAGCAGAAGGAUUUCACAAUCGUUUUUCCCGUAGACUAAAUGAAGUUCAUGCUAAUGUAUGGAAAGUAAUAUCUACAUUUAUUGACGAAGAAUAUCAUGCAUACCAAAAAAUGGUUCUGAUACGUACAGGUGUUCAAAAAAAAGCUAAUGUUACAGCUCGACAAAUUGCUUAUCAAGAACAAUUUGUUCAAAGUGCCAAUUUACAAGAAGAAGAAAAAAUUCAAUUUUGUAAAGCUCAUGACGUUCAAGGUACUCCAUCAUCAUAUGGCAAAAUCUACUAUGCUGAACGUCGAAAUGGUAAUAUUCAUCUAAUGGCGACGAUAAAGAAAGGACAAAAAGCUGCUGCUGGUGCAUUAACAGUUGAAGUUCUGUCAACGGAGAAAGAGAUUUUCAUAAUAACAACAGCUUUUCUGGAGCACUUAAAAACUGAAGGAAUAUAUUUUCCUUAUCUUCCACUAUGGAAUAAAUUACGAAAUUUAUAUGAUGUUCCACGAAAGCGUGUAAGGAACGUUGUUAAGUUGCUGAGAGAGCAUGUUUUCGUAUCAAAAAAGCAUCUAGUUGAAAUAGACUAUGAUUUUACAACAUCAUCAAAUAACGAAUAUAUUGUACUUGAAGCUGAAAAAUCAAAUCAAGAUGAUCAGGAAAAUAUAACAACAACUUCUGAACUUGUAUCAUGUGAUGAGGAAUCACCAAUCAAAGAUACUUUGACAAGCUCUAUAAUGGAUAGUGAUGAUAAUGAUUUUCAACAAUCAAUUGUUUCACAAGAUACUAUAGCGAAUGUUCAACAUAUCGAUUUCUUUUGUCAAUCUGCAGAUAAAAGAGAAACCCAAAAACAAUUCGAUGAUGAAAUAAAACAACAAAACCGUUUAAUUUCCCAAUUAACAAUGUGGAAUGACUUUGCACCGAUUAAUAGUAAAAGACGUACAAAUACAACUAAACUUACAACUACAAUUAGACAUAAACGUUUAAAAGAAAGCUAA